AUAGAAUAUUUUCAGUUUUGUAAGACCUUCUCAAAUAUCAACUUACUGAAAUAAUAUGAGUUGGUUUGAAGUUGUGCAAAAUCAAGUGCAAAACACGAGCAAUUGGAUAAAGUUUACCAAUGAUACUCUCAAUAGUGAAUCUGUGCGCAAUUUCCAAAAGACCCUAUUUAAAACCUCUAAUGCAUCGACAUUUUCAACUUCACAAAUUGGUAUUUUGAUUGGAAUUUUCAUAGCGAUUCUAGUUAAUUUAAAAACAAAUAAACAGUUCCAGAAGUGCUUUAGCAAUAACGAUGGUGUGAAUCUAGCUAAGAUUUGUGCUGUUUAUUUAUUUAUUCUUCCAAUUUUUUCAAUAAUUCUUGGAAUUUGUCUAAUUUACCGAAACAUUGUAAAUAUUGUGCUGAAAGUUAGGCAUGGAGAAAGAUUUAAGGGCAUACUUGAUGCUAAUGACGCAGUAUGGACUGUUGAAAGUGAAACUUGGACAAGUAUUAUUAAUAUUCUUGUAUUGAUGGAAGAUAAAACACCUGCGAAUGCAAAUAGUUCGGAAGAUAAAUCUGGAAUAAUUGUUGAUAUGAUAAGGAAUAAAUUCCAAAAUGUAGCAUCUUGUAAAAAUGAGUCUUAUCAAAAAAUUUUUUAUCACUUAAAUCGAGAACUUGGGUAUAGUUACUGGACAAAGGGUAACACCAGAAUUGAGGACUACGUAAGAUGCACGGAUAUUCCUACAGCAUCUGAAUUCUUAACAUCUGAAGAUCUUAGAAGAUGGUUUGGAAUGAUUUCUAAUACUGAAAUAUCGCAUGGGGAUCAUUCAUGUCUUUGGGAAAUACUAGUUUGCAGAAAGCCUUUCCGGGAAAACGGCUUAAUUAGAUAUCCGAUCAUUUGCCGAGUUCAUCAUUCAUUGGGUGAUGGAGUGGCUCUUUUGAGAUUUUUUCUCGAAGGUAUAGCCGAUCAAUUAACAACUACUCCGUUAAACGGAUCUUCUGAAACUCUUCCUGAACAUUAUCCAAGCAAAGAAGCUCGUAUAAAAGUCAAAGAAAAUUUAUUAUAUCUCCGGAAUACUGCUCAAAACACCUUUAAGUGGACGAAAAUGAUAAUUAGCAUAUUAUUUUAUUUAGUCGAACACAUAUCAACUCCUGCAGAUCUAAAUUCCCUACAUGGACCAAGUUUAAGUGGCAGAAAAACUUCUUUCUGGAUCCAUGAAACAGAGGAAUCUUAUCUUCUACCAUGCCUUAGAAAACUUAAAAGGAAAAUCCCCGAUGCUAGAUUUUCAGACUUGAUUUUGACAUCACUUUCAUCGAGUCUCUACAAGUAUUUUGCAAAAUCGGAAAAUAUUCCCAAAAACAUAAAAAUUAUUGUUCCAGCACGUGUUGAGGCACUACAGAAGGAAAUGAGGCUUGAAAAUAAAUUUUCAGUUGCCCUCCAAAGGCUUCCAAUUGUUCCACCUCUUGGAAAAGCAUCCAAUGUUAAGGAUAUCACUUCGAAAGUUUCAAAAAUUAAAGAGGAAACCGAUAAAGUUCGAUCAAAAUCCGAUUAUGCAAUAAAUUUUGCCAUAAUGACGAUUUUCGGGUACAUAUUGCCAUAUCCAGUGCUCAGUGGGAUUUUGGACAGCAAAUUGGCCACGAUGGUCUUCAGUAAUCUUCCUGGACCAACAGAGGAAGCUCAUUUGGGAAAUUUUAAAAUAACAAAUUUGUCUUUUUCCGUACCUCAUCGGGAUACUACGGGAAUUGGGAUAACGCUUCUAACCUAUGCAGGGAAAAUGCACUUUGCCAUCUCUGCUGACACAGCUGUUGUACCAACAGUCGAGCAAGGUCAGGAAAUUUUACAAGAAAUGGAAAAUGAAAUCAGGCAUUAUGUUGAGAUUUCUGAGGAUGAAUACAGAAAAACCUAGUGAAAGAAGUUUGUUUUAUAUAUUUAUGUUAUAGGUUAUUAAAAGGAAAAUAAAUAUCUGGAAAUUAUCAGUAUUGAACAUA